AUGUUUCAAGGAGUAACGGCCUUUCUAGAGGCCAUUGACGAGCGGGUGGAACAACACGCACUGCAGCACGCAGAAGAAGCAGCAGCAGCAGCAGAAACUACAGCCGAUAGUGUGAUGAGUGAAAAAAGGAAUGAGAAGAAAAGAAAAGGGGAAUGGAAUGAAUUGGAAGGAGGAGAAACAGAGAAAAGUGGAUUUGGUGCGGAUGAUGAUUACUCUCCACAUCCACAUGUAAUGGAGAGCAAAGCACGACUCCCACUAUUUCCAGCUCAACCAACCGCUUUUCCCAAUCAUCACACCCCAAACACAACAACUCUCUAUAGUGAUAAGAAUAAUAAUAAUCCUAUGGAUAGUGUUAGUGCGGGUGGGUCUCUUAUGAAUGGUCUCCGUUCCACACAAACAACAACGGGAAAAAAAGGUCAUCAUUCUAUUGAAGAAGGAGGGACUCUCACCGCAAUGGAAACUAUUUCGCAAAAUGGAUUGGAAUUGGAAUCGACAGAGUUAAAACGAAAAGAUGAGGAAAUUGAGGCACUCACACGAGAAGUACGGCGUCAUCAGGCGGCAACAGAUGCCGCUAAACAGGAAUUACUGCAGAGAUCUCUACAAGUACAUCAACUAGAGGAAUCUUUACGAGAUACACGAAUGCGUUUUGAUGAACAUAGGGCGAAAUCUCGUUGUUUAUUGGAAGAAAAACAACAUGAAUAUGAGGCACUUCGUCAUCAACUUGAAUUACAAAAGAAAGAAGGGAAACAUUUAAACAAUUCUGAAAAUAAUGGUAAUCAUGAUAAUGAUGAUAGUGAUCUAAGUAGUAAAGUAAUGGAGCAACAAGAACAAAUAGAACAGUUGAAGGGUUCUAUUGUUUCUAUGAAACAAGAGAGUGAACGUCUGCAGGCACAAGUGGCUGCGUCUCGUCGAGAAGUCUCUGAAGUUCAUGAGGAACGAUUAAAAUUAGUACAACAAAUAGAUUUCUUACGAUUGGAUAUACGUGGAGCACGAGAGGCACUUGAUAGUGAGAUAUCUGCUCAUAAACGUAGUAAACAAAUGCUUCAAAAUCGACAACGGGAAUUAAAUGAACUUCGUGCGGCUGUAGAAAAGAAUGGCGGUACUUUUACAGCAGCUGGUGCUCUUAUUUCACUGCGUGGUGAUGAUAUUGGAUCACGUGAUCAUGUUCUUUUAUCCCGACAAUUGUUAGAAAAACAAAAUGCAUUGGAGGCGGCAUUGCGAGAUGCGGCGGAGUGGCGACGGCGAUGUGAUCGUGCAACCCACAGACUUGAAGAAGAACGCACCACACGUGUAUUUGUAUCUCAACAACAACAACAACAACAACAACAACAAUCCAUACGUGAUGGAGUAGAGAAUCGGCCUCUUUUAAUGCGUCGAGGGAGUUCUACAAAUGGAAUAGUAUAUGGAGCUUUAAAGUUUAUGGAUAGUGUAGAUGCUUUGGCGCUUCGUAUGGGGCGUGGAUUUCGACGAUAUCCUAUUAUGCGAGUUUUAGCUGUAGUUUAUAUUGCUUGUUUGCAUGGAUGGAUCACUAUGUUAAUGAUGAUGCUUUCAUCAGCAGCAACUGUUAGUUCCUCAACUACAGGUGAGAUGACUGCUGGUACUGGUACUGGUAAUGCUCCUGACGCAGCUGCUGGACAGUAA